AAAGAAUACAAAGAACUCCAUAUUCCAUACUUCUUUGACUAGUAUUCUGCAAAAAUAACAGUGAAAUUCUCGACUUAUCAUGAAAAUACCUUCAAUCGUAAAUGUGCAAUGGUUAGCCCAAGCUAUGUUAAAGACGAAACCUUUGAAACAAUUGAGAAUUCUUGAUGGAACUUGGCGUUUAAAGGAGAAUGGCUCUGUUCAAGCCCAACAAGAUUUCUUGGACGAGCAUAUCCCUGGGGCAGUUUUCUUCGAUAUUGACGAAUGUUGUGACAAGACUAACGUCUACCCACACAUGAUUCCGAACGAGAAACUAUUUGCUGAAUAUGCCAAACAUUUGGGUAUGACGUUAUAAUAAUUAUACUUAUACAAGGGGAUUAAUUGCGUCAACUCAAGUAUACAACCGGGUACCAAUAAAUUAGCACCCUACUGAAUUGAAUUUUGUCAAUUGCUCGUUCUUUUAAAUCAAUGUUAUAUUUGAUGACAAAAGUAAUUUCCCAGGACGAAAAUAAAAAGCUUGUUUUAAAGAAAGAUCCAGUUUUGGGUGUGUUUUAAUUAAACCAGGAUAUUACUUCAAGUGAUAGUGAAUUUCGUCAUAAUUGCACAUGCUUUUUUGCACGGAGCGAGAACGUAUAAAACUAAAAUACAAUUGGGGUAGGUAGGUAUUAUAUUGUUUUAUUUUCCGCUUGUUAGCGAAGGCAAAAGUUUGAGAAAGAUUGUUUUGACUUGCUUUUAAGUGUGUUUAACAGAACAGACUAAUUGUAGAGAAUCUAUCCUGUAGUCUGUUCUAACAGAUAACUUUUUACUAAUUGGUCAUUUUGGAAAACCAUGAAACUGCCAUCAUUAGUCUCGGUUAGUUGGCUUGCCCAAGCUAUUUUAAAGACAAAGCCUUGGAAAUCGUUAAGCGUUGUUCACAGCACGGUUGGCGCCAAGAGGGAUUUUAUUGAAAACCAUAUCCCUGGUGCGGUAUACUUUAACAUUGAUGAAUGUUGUGACAUCACGAGUGUGUAUCCACAUAUGUUACCAAAUGAGAAACGGUUUGCCGAAUAUGUUCAGCAUUUAGGUACUGUAUGGUAUGAGAUGUAUGUGGUUGGUCUCAAAUUGAUCAGCAAUCAGUUAUAUUACCGGUACAUUAAUAUCAGACUUAUCUGGCAUUAAUAUAUUACAUUCAUUUGAUAUCAGGUUAGGUUUAAUCCAUUGAGCUCAGGCUUUAAAGUGGCCAUGUGUUCUGCUGUGCCACAUUAGUAUUUUCAGUACAUCUAAGACUACUUAAAACCAGCUAAAUUUACUGGUAAAAACCAGCUAAAUUUAAAGGCACUGAAAAAGGGGGAGAGAAUGCUGCCACUCGACAUGGGAUUAUAAAACAUAUUGUUUGUUUAGGAAUAACAAAUGAUAGUCACAUCAUUGCUUAUGAUAACGAUGAGGAUUUUGGCGUGUUUUCAAGUCCGAGAGUUUGGUGGAUGUUUCGAUGUUUUGGUCAUGAAGCGAUCUCAGUUUUAAAUGGAGGUUUCCACAAGUGGUUGGCUGCCGGCUUACCUGUGGAGUCAGGUGAAGGGAAGCCAGUGGAAAGUAAGUGUACAGUAGUACAGUAUAGUUUUGCAUGACUAUAAUUUACGAAUACAGAAUCAUAAACAGAUUUUCAGAUUUUGCUCUGGUGUGUGUGUGUGUGUGUGGGAUGUGCAAAUUUCUCUAGGUGAGAAAACUUUUUGGAGGGUGGGGGGUGAAAAAUAUAUUUUUGGAGGGGUGCAGCCCCUAAAACAAGAUGGGUGAUAAUAUGGUAGGGUGCAUAAUGCAACUCAAUGGGUUAACCCAUUGAGUGGCAGCACUCUCUCCUUGAUGAUUUAAAAUCAUCUGGCAUUAGACAGAGUAUAGUAGGGUGCAUCUGCUAUGGGGGCAUUGAAUAAACAUCUAUUAGUAAUUAUAUUUUAAAUCUGAUUAUGUUUUAGCGAAUCAGCCAUUUAAUGCCAAACUGAAUCCAUACCUAGUACGAGACUAUGAGACCAUGGUUGAAAAUGUGAAAGCUGGGGGAUUAGAAACAGUGGUCGAUGCUCGAUCGAAACAGAGGUUCCAAGGCACCGACUCAGAGCCACGCCCAGGUAUGCAUGUUGGACACAUACCAUUCGCUGGGAAUGUUCCGUUUAUUGAAUUACUUGAUGAGCGAAGGGAGUUUAUGAGAGACUCGGAACAAUUGAAACAAGUAUUUUCCAAACACAACGUGGACCUCGAUCGGCCAAUCACAACGACAUGUGGAUCGGGGAUUACCGCAUGCCUUGUGGCAUUAGCCGCUCACCAGAGUGGGGCGAAGCAUGUGAGUGUGUACGAUGGCUCGUGGGCGGAGUGGGGUAGGCGUGCCACCCCUGACUUGGUGGAGAGGAAUUAAGAACAUCAAGACAUAAUGGGAAUGGGCUCGAGAAUCAAUGACAACACAUGUUUAGGAUUUGAAUAAAGUGAACUCCAAAAUUAUAUAUCUGGAGUUAAAACGUCAUAUACUUUAUCAUUGCGAUAGCAGGGUGACAUAAAAACGAUAUCAUAUCGCUUUUGUCACUGGUAUCGUUUAGGUCCCGCUAUUUUAAUAAUUGUUGUAUUGGGGCAAUGAAUGCAUGUAACAAAGGCACAAGUAUAUAAAAAACAGGUUAUCGAUCAUAAUGGGGACGAGGCGAUAUCAGUUUUAUGUACCAUUUAAAACUUGAGCAGCAGUGUCAUCAGAUAUAAAGAUACCAGGCGAAGCUGAGUAUCUUUAGGUCUGGUGAAACACGCACUGCGAAUGUUUUAAAUUGCUUCAAAAACGAUCGAUUUCGUAAGUUCAUUGGCGAAGGAAUUUUCAAAAAAUGUUACGUUGUGUAAGUUGAGAAAAUCAAAGUUAAAGUUUAUGUAAAUCAAGGGAAUCUCUAUCACAUAUAAAGAUACGACACGCUUAUGAUUUUUCUUUGUGUUUCCUCAAUUAUUAAUGAGUUUUUGAAUGACAUGGUAUUGUCGCUCAAGCGAUAAAACUAAUAUCGCCUCGGCCUUCAUACUAUAACCUAUACAUGUACAGUAUACAUAUAUGCGGUAUUAAUAAGUCGAUAUGUGGUAAAGUGUUUUAAAUUGUUAGUAAAGAUACAAAAUACAACUGAAACAAACUUUGAAGUUUUCAUAAAAUUUAUUGCAAAAUAGACAAUAAUAUUGAAUGGAUUGAAACUGACACAGAGUGUGGGCCUCCUGUGAUUUAACUUGAAAAGUUAAACCUUUUUUUUUAAACAAGGGUCCAGAUUUUAAAAAGGUCACUUCAUAUACUAAGUCUAAGAGCAGG